AGAUUGAAGGUUAAUGUUGAAGGGGGAAAAAAGAGAGAAAUGAGGGCGGAUCGGAGACUGCAGCUGGCGAUUACAGAGGUCAGGGACAGGGCCGAAAAGAGGUGCAGACGGGACGGGGUCACGGAUGUGAUCAAGGUGACCAUCUCGUACUUGGAGGUGGAAACUUCCACGGACACGGUGGAACGUGAACAACAACAGUUGGAUCGUGAUUCAGAAGCGGAGACUGAGGCUAGUGACCGGGAAACUGAUCUCCAGUCCUGGAACAGACCAGGGCUUGAUUUGAGUGCAUUGCGCCUUAAUGGGCUUGAGGCAGCAUACCCGGUGAGGAUUACUCUGCGGGUGCUUACUCGGCCUAUGGCAGAUCAAUUGCCACAUAUCUACCGGACGCUUGGUCUCGACUACGCAGAAAGAGUGCUCCCAUCAAUUGUGCAGGAGACACUGAAAGCAGUCGUUGCGCAGUACAACGCCAGCCAGCUGAUUACGCAGCGAGAAGUUGUCAGCCGUGAGAUUCGGCGCAUCCUUGAAGAGAGAGCCGCCAGCUUCAACAUUGCCCUUGAUGAUGUUUCCAUCACACAACUGAGUUUUGGCAAAGAGUACACAACGGCUGUUGAGGCAAAACAGUCUUGAGUUUGGGAAGUCUCCUCUCCCCUCCCUCCUAGUCUCCCCCCUUCCUCCCCCUCCUCUUUCUGUUUUUUUCUACAUUUGGAAAGCCUCCUAAAUACAUGAUGGAGCCAUCAGAAUCGCUGUUCGAAUGGCCAUGUUGUUGUCAUCACUUCUCCCUCCCAUCCCCUGCCCUGGCUUUCUCUCCCUUCCCCUCUCCUCCCUCCCCCUUCCAUUUCUUUUGCAUCCACUCACCCACCUACCUACUCAUUGACUACAUCAUGCAAGUUGAUCUUUAUUGCAUGGGGGUCUUUGGACCCCGCUGCAAGUUGAUCUUUUGGUGCUGUCAAGCCUUCUAGGAUUACAGUGCCUUUCAGUGCCGAUUGGGAGAGAGCGUUGUUUGGUGCUGAAUGGGAAACCUCUUUUGCAGUGAAUAUCUGAGGCUGCGAGACAAGAGAACAGUUAGUCAAUCCUUUCGGUGCACACCUGCGGAGCUGACCGGUGUUUUGACGUUAAGCACGUGUGCGGCGAAACAGCUGAGCAUUCUUGUGUAAGUUACACCUGCCCCCUUCUGUACGCGCGCAAUAGAUGAGUCGUCUGCUGCCGAGUUUCUGAGGAUUGAUCUAACAGUGAAGAAUAGCUGAGGAAUCGUGAGGACUGAUCGAUAACAGAAUAUAGCCUUGCCUCUGUGCACCCUCUUUACAUGCAAUAGGCAAAAGCCUAUGUAGAUGAGCCUUUUGGUGCCUGUGACGUUUUGGGAAUGUGGAAGUGUUUCGCGCUCUGCUACUUUUUUGGGGUACUGCAGAGCGUCAUUUCGUCGAAGCUGGUGUUAAUCCUUCUCUCUGUCUGUUGGGUAGAAGAAACCUUCAGGAAAUCUUGCGAAGAAACCUUUAGGAAAUCUUGCCAGAGGUACUUACCUGGCUAUGGUGGCACCCAUCUUCAUCACCCUGUGAGUUGAUCGAUUUUUGAUUUGAGUGAGUGAACGAAACUUAACAGUCUGACAAUUUUGAGUUUCUCUGUUCUCAAUGACAGUUGCCAUAGCAAGUAGGAUGACCUCACAGUUCUGAUUCGAAUUGAGCCGGCCGCAUACUGUCUGCGCCGCCCAUUUUUUGAAUAGCAAGACAUGCACACAAAGUGCUGCUAUUGUUUGUGAUUGUGACGAGAUCUCUGCUUACGGCGUUGGAAGCCGGUUCCGGUAUCACUCGG